UCUUAUCAAACCUCUUUGUAGAGUGAAAAGGAAAAUACGUCAGCAUUAUGCCAGCUGAAAUCUGACAUGGAAAUAAUUGAAUUGGAUUACAAAUUGCUGUUUGAAGAUUUACAUCUAAGAAGAUUACAUCUAAAGUUUGUUUGAGACAGUAAUUUCGAUCUAAAACUGUUGCAGAGGUCAUCGAAGUAGUGUACAGGUAGAGUUGAACCAAAAAAGUAGACAUUUUCUUUCUUUGCAGAUACUAGAAGCAAAAGAUGGCUCUUUGGAAGGUGAAGUUUGAUUUGAAAAAAAGGGUAAAGCUGGCCCAGAUGCUAUGGCUCAUGUAUUGGGUGUCUAUCAUGGCUGGAGUGCUUGUCUUCAGCAUGGGCCUUUUCUUCAAAAUUGAACUGCGGAAGAAAAGUGAGCUAAUGGACAACAAGGAAAGCCACUUUGUGCCCAACCUGCUAAUUUGUGUGGGUCUGUUAACCUGCGGCAUCAGUGCCUUUGGUGGCAAGAUCUGUUAUGACUCAUUGGAUUCCUCCAAGUUUACAAAGUGGAAGACAUUUAUAAAUCCAUUCCUUAUCUGCUGUUUGCUCUUCAGUGCUAUCCUCUUGUUCACUGCACUGUUGUGCUUCACCAUGCGCAUCCCCCUACAGUUUACCCUGGCAGAAGGCCUGCAGAAUGGCAUGAAAUUCUACAAGGACUCAGAUGUACCUGGCCGCUGCUACAUGAAGAGAACUCUGGACUUAAUGCAGAUGGAGUUUCGUUGCUGUGGAAACAACAACUACAAAGACUGGUUUGAGAUCCAGUGGAUUAGCAAUCGCUACUUGGAUUUCAGCUCUAAAGAGGUCAAAGACCGAAUCAGCAGCAAUGUUGAUGGACAAUAUUUGUUGGACGGAGUCCCUUUCAGCUGCUGCAAUCCCAGCUCACCAAGGCCCUGCAUUCACUAUCAAAUCACCAACAAUUCUGCUCACUAUAGUUAUGACCACCAUACUGAAGAACUGAACAUCUUCACACGUGGCUGUAGGGAAGCUUUACUUGUUUACUAUGGAGGACUGAUGAACACUAUUGGCGUACUGGUGUUUUUGGUUACUAUUCUUGAGGUUGCUGUGAUGGUAGGAUUACAGUAUGUGAACACAUCUCUAUCCACACUUGUCAACCCAGACGACCCUGAAAGUGAAAGUGAGGGUUGGAUCCUGGAGAAAUCAUUCAAGGAAACCUUCACAGAUGUCAUAGCAAAAAUGAAGGCAAUGGGAAAAAACAAUCAGGUGGAAGAGGGGGUGGAAGUUCAGGCAGUGUCUACAGUGAGCUGAAUGUGCUUAUUGAACAUUGACUACUCCGUUCCUACCAAAGUAGAGACUGCCUAUUUGGCAUUAUACAGCAUGAAGAUCCAGUCAGCUACAUUUUAUGUGGUUUAAUAUAAAUUAGUAAAUGUCUCUCCAUGCAAUUUUACCUGAAAUCAUAUUGUUUUCAAACGUUUUACUUCUUCCAUACUAUAUAUUUUCAAGACAUCAAUUAUUAGCUAUAAUCUAUUACGAAUAUAGCAAGUCAUCUUAGUUUUUCUGCUUAUGGAUUGUGUAUGGCAUUAGCUGGCUAUAAUAUGCAAAACAGAUAGCAUAACCAUAUCAAUUCUUAAUGAAUUUACAUACAAAACACUACAAAACAAAUACUAUAAUCCAACCAUUUUUCAAAGAUAUACGAAUAUGACCUGAACAAAUAACAUACAUUAUACAUUAACUUAUAUUUUGUGUACAUUUUAUAGAAAGAAGGUGCACUGCAAAUAAACCAAAUCCUGUCCUGAUCAGAGUAAUGCAAUGCAGUGUAUUAACUAAUUAAUUAGUGAGGUAAUUUUUGGAGAAAACGUUCCAAGAAAUUAGUUACACACAUCAUUCUUUGCGUCUGUGUUCUGUAGUGAGCAAUGCUGGUUUAAGAUGAAGAAUGAACUUGGCUCCUUUGCUUAACAGCACAUACAAAUCAGGUAAAACUGAAACGUCAAUGAUCAUAGAAGUCUCUCUCAUAUCACUUUCACUUAUCACAUAUAACUUUUUAAAUGAUAGAGUACCUACUGUAGAUCCUCAGGUUUAGCCAGUUAAAUACUUCUGUGGUGCUAACAUAGCGAAUUAAAAUACAGAAAUUGUUUAAAUAGGUAUACGCAUGAGGUUUGGCAUGAGGUUCUUGCUUUUUUGACACAUAGAUGCAAUAAAUACUGAUUUUAAGUAUAGAAUGUAUUUUAGAAAACAUUUCAAAGUUAAGAUCAUCUUAACUGGGAAAGCGUGUUCAAUGUGAUGCUUGCUCUUCCAUUUAUCAAACAUCUUUGUGCUGUGAUGCGUUAUUCCGCCCUGAGCAAAUUAAAGGAAUGGAAAUGAAUUGUCCUGCAACUGUGGUAAUAAGAAACAAGUGUAUUAGUGUCAGAGUAACACAAACAGUUCAGCAGGAUGCUUUAGAAGUGGCAGCUAAACACUUGAGACCUCUGAACAUUGUAUAGUUCAC